GGCCGGGCGGAGAGCGCAGCCGGGCGCGCCCCGUCCCGCAGCCGGCACCAGCCGCUCCGCGCACCCGCCGCUGCCUGCUCCACAACGACGAGGAGGAGGAGGAGGAGGAAGGCCAGGCAGGGAGGCAGCGCGCCCGCAGCGGGGCACGCACGUGUGCGCGCAGCCCUCGACGGCGCGGCAUGCUGCGGGGAGCCGCCGCGGAGCGGGGCUGAGCGCGGCGGAGGCGGCAGGAGCUCCGCGGAAAAGAGAGCGAAAAAAGGAAAAAAGGAAAGAGAGAGAGAGAGAGAGAGGAAAAAAAGCAAGUCCUCCGUGCGCUGCACCGCGGGAGCGGCCGUCCCGCAGCAUGGGCGGCCGCAGCCCCGCCGCCGCCGCCGGGCCCCGCGGGGCCGCUGUCCCGGUGCUGCUGCUGCUGCUGCUGGGGCGCGUCGCCCUCUGCUCCGUGGUGGAGAAGAAAGUUUGUCAAGGGACAAAUAACAAGCUGACACAGCUGGGGCAUGUAGAAGACCAUUUCACCAGCCUGCAGAGGAUGUAUAACAACUGCGAGGUGGUGCUGAGCAACCUAGAGAUUACAUACGUGGAGCACAAUCGAGAUCUCUCUUUCCUGAAGACCAUACAGGAGGUUGCGGGCUAUGUGCUCAUUGCGCUUAACAUGGUGGAUGUAAUUCCCCUAGAAAAUCUUCAGAUCAUCCGAGGCAAUGUACUUUACGACAACUCUUAUGCCCUGGCAGUUUUAUCCAACUACCACAUGAAUAAAACCCAAGGACUCCGAGAACUACCAAUGAGAAAGCUGUCAGAAAUUCUCAACGGAGGUGUUAAAAUCAGCAACAACCCCAAAUUAUGCAACAUGGACACUGUCCUGUGGAAUGACAUCAUUGACACAAAUAAAAAGCCUCUCUCAGUGCUUGAUUUUGCAAGGAACCUGUCGUCUUGUCCAAAAUGUCAUCCGAACUGUACGGAGGAGCACUGCUGGGGCCCCGGUGAAGAGAACUGCCAGACAUUAACAAAAGUCAUCUGUGCCCAGCAGUGUUCUGGCCGGUGCAGGGGAAAGGUGCCCAGUGACUGCUGUCACAACCAGUGUGCCGCUGGGUGUACGGGACCUCGGGAGAGCGACUGUCUGGCAUGUCGCAAGUUUCGGGAUGAUGCCACCUGCAAGGACACAUGUCCCCCGUUAGUCCUGUACAACCCCACCACCUAUCAGAUGGAUGUCAACCCUGAGGGAAAAUACAGCUUUGGAGCCACGUGCGUGAGGGAAUGUCCUCACAAUUACGUGGUGACAGACCAUGGCUCCUGUGUUCGCUCGUGUAAUACUGAUACUUAUGAAGUGGAAGAAAAUGGUGUUCGGAAGUGUAAAAAAUGUGACGGGCUAUGCAGCAAAGUGUGCAAUGGCAUUGGAAUCGGCGAGCUUAAAGGGAUUCUCUCCAUAAAUGCCACAAAUAUUGACUCUUUCAAAAACUGUACUAAGAUCAACGGGGACGUCAGCAUCCUCCCAGUCGCGUUUCUAGGCGAUGCCUUCACAAGGACGCUACCUCUCGACCCUAAGAAACUGGAUGUCUUCAAAACAGUCAAAGAAAUAUCAGGUUUUUUGUUGAUUCAGGCCUGGCCUGAUAAUGCUACUGAUCUCUAUGCUUUUGAAAAUCUGGAGAUUAUACGAGGCAGAACCAAGCAACAUGGCCAGUACUCCCUUGCAGUUGUUAAUUUGAAAAUACAGUCCUUAGGGCUGCGCUCCCUGAAGGAAAUCAGUGAUGGAGAUGUUGCCAUUAUGAAGAACAAGAACCUCUGCUACGCGGACACGAUGAACUGGCAUAGUCUGUUUGCAACUCAGAGUCAGAAAACAAAAAUUAUGCAGAACAGAAAUAAAAACGAUUGCGCUGCUGCUAAGCGUAUUUGUGACCCCUUGUGCUCGGAUAUAGGCUGUUGGGGCCCAGGGCCCUUCCACUGCUUCUCCUGCAGGUUUUUUGGCCGCCAGAAGGAGUGUGUGAAAGAGUGCAAUAUCCUGCAAGGGGAGCCGCGGGAGUUUGAAAGGGACUCGAAGUGCCUCCCGUGCCACCCAGAGUGCCUGGUGCAAAACUCCACUGUCUACAACACCACCUGCACUGGACCCGGCCCGGACAAUUGCAUGAAAUGUGCCCAUUUCAUAGAUGGCCCUCACUGCGUGAAAACCUGCCCCGCGGGGGUGCUGGGCGAGAACGAUACCCUCGUCUGGAAGUACGCGGACGGGAACUCCGUCUGUCAGCUCUGCCAUCCAAACUGUACCCGCGGGUGCAAAGGGCCAGGUCUUGAAGGCUGUCCAAAUGGCUCCAAAAUCCCGUCUAUCGCGGCUGGCGUUGUUGGAGGUCUCCUGUGCCUGGUCGUGGUCGGCUUGGGCAUCGGCCUGUACUUGCGGCGGCGCCACAUCGUGCGAAAGCGCACCCUGCGCCGGCUGCUGCAGGAGCGGGAGCUCGUCGAACCUCUGACGCCCAGUGGGGAGGCACCGAACCAGGCUCAUCUGAGAAUUUUAAAGGAAACGGAAUUUAAAAAGGUCAAAGUCUUAGGCUCUGGAGCUUUUGGCACUGUUUAUAAGGGACUUUGGAUCCCAGAAGGGGAGAAGGUUAAAAUUCCUGUUGCUAUUAAAGAGUUGAGAGAGGCUACAUCGCCCAAAGCCAACAAGGAAAUACUUGAUGAAGCUUAUGUGAUGGCUAGUGUUGACAAUCCUCAUGUUUGCCGCUUGCUGGGGAUCUGCCUCACUUCCACUGUUCAGCUCAUCACGCAGCUGAUGCCGUAUGGCUGCCUCCUCGAUUACAUCCGCGAGCACAAGGACAACAUCGGCUCCCAGUACCUUCUCAACUGGUGUGUGCAGAUCGCAAAGGGAAUGAACUAUUUGGAGGAACGCCGCUUGGUGCACCGUGAUCUCGCCGCCAGGAACGUCCUGGUUAAAACGCCUCAACACGUGAAAAUUACGGACUUCGGGCUGGCGAAACUGCUUGGUGCCGAUGAGAAAGAGUAUCACGCGGAGGGAGGCAAGGUUCCUAUUAAAUGGAUGGCCUUGGAGUCAAUUUUACACCGGAUCUACACUCAUCAAAGUGAUGUCUGGAGUUAUGGUGUGACAGUUUGGGAGCUCAUGACAUUUGGGUCCAAGCCAUACGAUGGGAUCCCUGCCAGCGAAAUUUCCUCUGUCUUGGAGAAGGGCGAACGUUUGCCUCAGCCACCUAUCUGUACCAUCGAUGUGUAUAUGAUCAUGGUCAAAUGCUGGAUGAUUGAUGCCGACAGCCGUCCCAAGUUUCGUGAACUGAUAGCAGAGUUUUCCAAAAUGGCCCGUGACCCUCCACGCUAUCUUGUUAUACAGGGAGAUGAAAGGAUGCACUUGCCCAGCCCCACGGAUUCAAAGUUUUAUCGCACCCUGAUGGAAGAGGAAGACAUGGAAGAUAUAGUGGAUGCCGACGAAUAUCUCGUUCCACACCAGGGAUUUUUCAACAGCCCCUCAACAUCCCGGACUCCACUCUUGAGUUCAUUGAGUGCUACUAGCAACAAUUCUGCCACAACCUGUAUUGACAGAAAUGGGCAGGGACACCCUGUGAGGGAAGACAGCUUUGCCCAGAGGUAUAGUUCAGACCCAACAGGUGCUUUCUUGGAGGACAGCAUAGAUGACAGCUUCCUGCCUGCUCCAGAGUAUGUAAACCAGUCGAUGCCCAAGAAACCAUCUGUGGCAGUGGUCCAGAAUCCGAUCUACAACAACUGCUCUCUCACGGGAAACUCAAAGCUCUCCACGGACUCGGGCUACCAGAAUUCCCACAGCACAGCUGUGGACAACCCUGAGUAUCUCAACACCAACCAGUCUCCUCUAGGCAAAACAGUCUUUGAGAGCUCUCCGUAUUGGAUCCAGGCGGGCAAUCACCAAAUAAACCUGGACAAUCCUGACUAUCAACAGGACUUUUUGCCGAAGGAAAACAAACCUAAUGGUCUCUUGAAAGUUCCUGCAGCAGAAAACCCAGAGUACUUAAGGGUAGCAGCACCAAAAAGUGAAUACAUUGAAGCCACAGCAUGACCAUAGAGAAUUUCUUCUUGCAGUGAGGCAAGCCAGACUCUUGGUGAAUCACCUGGCUGCUGCAAGAACAGACUCUGCACAGAGCGAGUGGUAACAGCAAUGCAUCAAUGAGCACAUCUUUCCCUUCCAGCUUGUGGGCUGAAAUUGCGAAGCUCAUUUGACAAUAUGAUUUGGGGGAUUCCUUUGCCCAUUUCCAUGUAAUAGCUUAGGCCCGUACGCUGCAUUCAGAUGCAUGUUGGAAUAGAGUGAGAUCUUCCUGUAUAGAAGAAAUAGCGGAUGCAUUCCUUUCAUUUUCAGAUGGUAGCAUUGUAAGAAGCCAUUCUGUGAUGAAUUUGAGAGCUGCACACAUUGUACAGUCAAAUUCCUUUCUACAGUGCAUAUUUUUAUAAAUGUUUCUAACAGAAUUUUUGGAUCUUUUACAAGAUCAGAUGCUUGUACUGCUGGUCUGUUAUGUGGUGCUCAGAUCAUCAACAAGGAAAAAAAUGAUGCUAUAAAAUACUCUUGAGAAGAGUUUUCCAAAAGUCCUGGAACAUAAAUAGCUAUUCCAAACCAUUGGAUUUUUGUUUUUACAAAUUAGUUCUGUAUACUACUUUUUGGCAUGAACAGGAGAAAUGCAUCUGGGGAUGUAUGGGAGAUUCUGUUCACAGAAAUAUGAAGUGGAUCACUCUGGGGAAAACUAGCACAAGGACCGAAUGGCAAGACACAUCACCUUCUGACCACUACUGCUAAAAACUGACAGGAGGAACUCAGCUCAAAGCCCUUUAUAAAUGUUUAUAAAGUGCUCACUAGUCUGUUUCCUGAUGGUCAAACACGAGAUACUUUUUCUCAUCCAUUAUGCAGCUGUAGAGUUGUCAAAAAUGCCAUUUUCUUUUUUUAACAAAAUCGUUAAAGAUGUUGCCAUAACUGAAAAAUGAAGUGUCAAAUAACAUUUAACAGACUUUAAUUAAAUGUCAAGGAAAUGCAAACGGUGGCAAAUUGGAGCACUCGUGAGACAGACGGGCUGCAAGAACUACACCACGUUAAACUUGACUAGGGCAAGAAACACAGGUAGCUCUAGCCAAGCAGUUCUGUCUCCCUUCUUAAAGUGGCUCAGAGCAGGAAUCGUUUUUGUGCGUGCGUUUGGCAAAGAAAAGGAGCACCUCCACGUUACCCUUUACCGACUUCAAGGCAGUUGCUGCCAAUUCCUGUAUCAUUGUAGGGCAGGGGCCAGGGCUGUUUGCCUGACCGUCCCUGUGCCACGUGAGGGCCUUUCGUCGUUAACGUUUCGUACAGACCUAGGGGGAAUAAAAUGCUUCAGGUGUGAAUUUAGUGAGUAAUUUAGAACCAUCUCACCACCAGUUUGGCAGUAGUAUCUUAACCAAGUCUUUAGAUCAGAAAUGAAAGGCGCAUUUGGUGAUUUUUGUAUUAAUGCCCUGAUCUAGCCAAGUGCUAGGUAUUUGCUUGAGGUAGCAUAAGCAGCUGAGCUGCCGAGGAUAUGUAUUUUUGAAGGGCAAGGUACUGUCAAUUUUAUGCUGCCAGUAUGUUUUGAAUAUUGCAGUAUGUACUUCAGUUUACAUACUGCAUCUGGAGUCUAGGAUCAAGCAGAAAAUCCUUAGAAAACCCUUAGUUUUUGCAGAUUUGUCGAGGAUUGAUGGAAAAGAAUGAUCAUGUGAAAUGACCCCUUGAAAAGUAAUGCAGUGUAAAAUGCAUUUAUGGCUUGUACGUGUGCAGUAGUUCAUCAGCCACACAGCCAUCUGGGGUAAUGCAGUGUAUUUGGUCAAAAUCCAAAGGUUUGUCCUGUUGUGCUGUCUGGGACAUCUGUGUCACAGUGACAAAAGUCCCCGUCGCAGCCUUGUGGAGGGUGCAGUGUUUGACUUUGAUUAGUACUGCCUGGUAUUCAAAACAUAAACUAGAGUCUAGUUCCCACGUUCAGUUAACAGCAGAUUUCUCCUUGCAUUCCUGAGAGCAGAUUUGUUGUGCUGCUCUCCUCAGUGUGCAACAUGUACACACAGGCAGUGCUGCUUCUCUCCCAGCACUGCCCCAGAAAAAAUAUAUAUAAAAUCCCCAAAUAUUUUAAUGGAAAUUAUGGAAAAUUUAUCAGUUUGGUAAAUCUGUUACAACUCCAGGCAAAACACUAGAAAGUUAUAAAGUGCAGCGUUUUCCUAGAGAAUCUAAUGCCAUUAUGCAGAAUAAUUUAUUUAUAUUUUAAUUAUUUGAAUCCGCUAUCUUAAAAAAAACACUAAGAAGUACCAAUAUGUAUCACCAGCAUUAUGUAGCAUGAAAACUAUUUAAUAUAGAAUAAUAUGCUUGCCUUUUUAAAACAAUUUAUGAGGGAUUCAGUAACAAUUCUUCAUUAGAACCGUGGAGACUCAUUUAAAAACUCAGAAAUGUAAGUCUAAAAAAUCUUCUUUGUUUUGAAUGUACUGUCCACUGUUGAGAAGCAUAGGAGAGAGGAUGCAGAAACCACAAGCCCUUGAUACAAACGUACAAGACGCCUCCAGAUUUAUGGGAUUAGCAGUACUGUAAAAUAAUCCUCGUAAACAGGCAUCCUCUAAGCUGUGAUUUGCAAAUAGGCAGCUCAGUAGUGAUUCAAAAGCCACCAAAAAUAAGAAGUGGGCCGUGCGCGGUAGCCUGUGGGCCACUGCCUCCAGGGCAGAUUCGGUGGCGCUGGGAGCAGAGGGACUGUGCAGCGGCACGGUGCUUGCUGGAGGCAUAGGGGCUACGCUGGCUGCUGCUAGCAGGGCUAAGGCGCAUUAGCAAUUUACCAAAUUAUUUCUCCCAAUGAAAAGAAAUUAAUACGCCGCUGAAAGGAUGCGUUUUUCCCGUGGUAGCUCACAGAGGGUGCAGCAGCAGGGAGCCUGCUGCUGCUCGUGGGUGCCCAGAAGGACCAACGCGGUUCCGCAGCGGUUUCAUGGUGCUCGUGGGAUCUUGCUGGCGCAGCGUUGUAUGCAUUUCAGGCUGCUUGAAUGGGGCAUGAAUCUUGUGUUUUUGCAAAGAUGAGCAAAAUAAACAUGCUGCAUCUUGAGAUCUCACGUAAAUCAUCAUCCAAAUAUAACUUGAAAGUUCUGCACUUGUCUCUCAGGAGCUGUGGGUAUAAAAUGCUGAUUUUUGAAGUACAGCUAAAUGGGGAAAUGUAGCAGGCCACAGCCACUUUUAAAAGCUAAAUCUUACCAAUAAAUAAAAAAUGUUCUUUUUACUAUAUUUCUCAUGGAAGACAAAAUGACACAACUUGUAAGUUAGAGCAUUCAGCAUCUCUUAAUCAUUGACGUAGCAGUUAAUAGAGAACUAUUUUUGUAAUAGUAAUUUAAGCGCUACAGACUCAGAGCCUUUUGAUAACUGCAAAGUGCAUGGAAAUAAGUCAGUCAUCAUGCGGCCUUGAUGUUUUUCAGUGAUCUGUGUACUUUACUUCAUUUGGGCCUUAGGUUGUUUUGUUUUGCUCUAAAGGGAGCUGUCUUGGGAAAUUUCCUUUGCAGUACAUCUUGUAGAGCAAAUUCAUCGGAGAGCCCAGUGGCUUGCUUUUGCUUCCAGCUGACAGGCAACAACGUGAUGAGGUUUCUAGUGAGAGUUGUUUGAAAUAGGUGACAUACAUCAUAGAUUUGGAGUGCUUAAAGGUGAUUUACUGUCCCCUCAUGUCUUAUUCGGCUAGCCACGUGAAGCCCUGACAUUAGAAAAUAUGGUCAGGCUCUUGUAGGGAAAACAGUGCUGGGGCAGGAGUGCAGCCGUACCGGCUACAGAUGCCAGAUUUCCCAAGGGACAUUAGUGAAGUCAUUGGCUUUUACUGCCGAGCGGAGGUGGGAAUAGAUGUACAAAUGGCUCCAAACGGCUGGCUUAGAGCUAAAUCUGCUGCACUCCUACGGAGACUGCUGUGCAAAACCCAAAGUACUCUGCUUUUGGACUGCGGGGCGAAUUUCCUCCCUCCUCGUGCCUGAAGGUCUCAGCUAGGAGUGUAGUAGGAUCACGGAUGGCUUAAGCAGCUCCCAUCAGCAGGUGCCUGGGGCGGGGGGUUCCUUGGUCUCUCUGGGGGUGCUUCAGGGUGUCAGCGAGAAACUUUGCAUUUCCUGACAAGCGCUCAUUUUUCAGCUUCAGAGUUCAACAUCCUCUAUUAGCAUGACUGCUGCCUCUCCAAAUAAGCAGUUGCAGUCGGUUACUCUGGCUUUUAUUCCCCCCCACACACACACACCGCAUUUCUCUGUGAGAAAACAUUUGAAUCAGGACAAAGUGUGAAAAUGGACUCGGAUCCUCCCUCCUGAUGAAAACCGGUAUAUUGAUGAAAUUUCAAACUGUGUGUAACACUUAGCAAGAAUGCUUUGUAAUGUUUUAUCACCACUAACUCACAUUUUUAUAUUGGAAUCCCAUUUCUAGCUUCCUGUUUGUAAGUUUUAUUUGUUGGUUCUGGCAUACAACUUUUUAAG